AUGGCUAUUCAUGCUGGCCCCAUCAAAUUUGCACUUAUCAUUUUAUUCCAUCUUUCAAUUCUAAUCCAUCAGAGCUUAAAUUCCCCUUACAUUUCCAAGCGACAUUUAAACUUCAAAUAUCAUGAAGAAUGUUAUAAGCUCGAAAAAUCUGGUGCUUGCGAUGAAAAUGCGAUCUGUAUUACUCAUAAACACAAUGAGUCGUUGAUCCAUAAAUGCCACUGUAUCAGCGGCUAUGCUGGUAAUGGAACCUACUGUGAAGAGAUCAAUGAAUGUAAGCAUUCUAAAGCUGCUUGCCCUUUUCGACAUAAAGUGUGCAUAAAUGUACCCAGAUCAUAUAAGUGUAUAUGCUAUCCAGAAGAUAUCGGUCCACGUUAUCAUAGAAGAAAUUGCUCACGUAAGAUAUAUAUCUAA